UGGAUCAUUUCAUUGCUGCUCGCUUGUGCCGACUUUUGUAAUUGUGCCUGGUUGUUGCUGCUAGGAAUUUCUCGGCGCUUGGGAGAUUUUCGUUGCCUUUACGAUUCUCUGCGUCGCCCAUAUAAGUUCGUCAUGGGUGUUCCAGUAUGUUGGUGGUGAUAGGGGAAGCGGAGACCGAUCUAUAGAGUCCAGAGGAAGCUCAGGAUUUUAUAGGAUUGGUGUGCAGGAGCUCAUUCGGGGUUUUUGUCGACUGCCGAGUUUUUCUGUUUUAUCUUUCUUUCUGGAAUGGAACAAUCCUUUCACCCCACAAUGGCUGCGAAGCACAGAGUCAUGCUGCUCGCGAGCGCCAUGAUUCUUCUGGCGGCGUUGUUUUCCCCCGUCGAAGCCUCCCACAAGGAUUGGCACCAGCUCGGCGUCGAGAGCAUCAAGAGCUCCUCUUCUGCGACCCACGUCUAUCAGCCUUACCGCACGGCGUACCACUUCCAGCCGCGCAAGAAUUGGAUGAACGACCCCAACGGGCCGCUCUACUACAAGGGAUGGUAUCACUUCUUCUACCAGUACAACCGCGACGCAGCCGUGUGGGGAAACAUCACAUGGGGGCACGCCGUGUCGAGGGACAUGGUGCACUGGCGGACACUUCACACCGCGCUCAAGGGCGACAAGUGGUAUGACAUGAAGGGUGUGUGGUCCGGAUCCGCCACUUUCCUGGACAAUGGAGUCCCCGUGCUGCUCUACACGGGCUGGGCGAUCAAUGGCACAGACCAGUCGUCCAUUCGUGGUCAGACGCAAGCAAUGGCGGUGCCGGAAGAUCCGUCGGAUCCCCUGCUGCGUGAGUGGGACAAGUCGCCACACAACCCGAUUGCCUUGGCACCACCCGGAUUCAACGACAGCAUGUUCCGUGACCCGACCGAGGCGUGGAAGGGAUACGAUGGGGUGUGGCGUAUGUUGGUGGGGGCAGUCAAAGGGACCGAUCAGUCAAUCGGAACUGCGCUUCUGUACAAGAGUACGGAUUUCAACAAGUGGAAUUUCACUGGGGAGAUCCAGUCGGUGGCCGGCACGGGAAUGUGGGAGUGUCCCGACAUUUACCCUGUCCAUGUUAAGGAGAAGACGGGGUUGAGGCUGUCCGCGAGGGGGCCACAUGUGAAGCAUGUCCUUAAGGUGAGCUUGGAUAGGAACAAGCACGAUUAUUACUCCGUGGGUACUUACGACGAGAAGACGGACUUAUACACCCCGGAUGAUACCAAGUUGGACACGGGAUUGGGACUACGGUACGACUACGGGAAGUUUUACGCGUCGAAGACUUUCUUCGAUCAGAAUAAGAACCGGCGGGUAUUGUGGGGUUGGGCAAAUGAGUCUAGCAGUGUGCAGGAUGAUAUAGAGAAGGGGUGGUCUUCGGUGCAGUGCUUGCCGAGGCAUAUCUGGUUGGAUGAAGAAUCGAGUGCGAAUUUGGUGCAGUGGCCGAUUGAGGAAGUCGAUAAGCUUCGGCGGAAUGAAAUGACGGAGAAGAAUGUGGAGGUUGGGGUGGGUAAGGUUGUGCCCGUCAAGGCGGCGAAGGGCGCGCAGCUUGACAUUGUGGUAGAUUUCGCCCUGCCUGAGAAGAGCGAGGGAUUGGAACAAAACCCAAACCUGCUGGCGGAGAUGGGACAUUUGACAUGCAGCGAUUUGGUAACCAAGGGGUCGAAUGCAGCUGGACCACAUAGCUUCGGCCCGUUUGGUGUUCACGUGCUUGCGACCGGUGAUCUCCAGGAGCGGACGUCCAUCUUCUUCCAUUUGAUACACGAUGGCAAGCACCAGAACUGGAAGACGCUCUUCUGCGGCGACCAGAGCCAAUCCUCCUUGCAGCAGGACGUCGACAAGACGGUGUAUGGGUCCUACGUGCGCGUGGAUGACAGCGACAAGGUGCUGUCCGUGCGCAUUCUCGUCGACCACUCCAUCGUGGAGAGCUUCGCCCAAGGCGGCCGCACGGUAAUGACAUCCAGAGUAUACCCGGAGCUGGCGGUGAAAGACGCCGCUCACGUGUUUUUGUUCAACAACGGUACUGAGCCCGUGACAGUGAAAUCGGUAUCCACCUGGGAGAUGAAGAGUGUCAACAUCAAGUUUUACAAACCUUGAUUUGCACGCUCUUUCCGCUUAACUCCGGUUGAUAACUAGCCGAAAUGUUGCUUUCCCAAUUUAGAAUUGUUUGGACAUCCUCGAAGCUCAAGCUGCUGCAUGCAUACAGAGAUAUUCAAAAUCAUGUACACAUCUCCACUUGUAAUAAAACAUAAUAAACCACUCUGUUUUGGCA